UUUACGGAGUAAGUUGCAUUCCAAACUCAUUGAAAAAACAGUGUUGCAAGUAAUUUUGCAAAUGGUGGAAGUGUUGUUUUAAGAUAAAUUAAUAUACAAUGGCAACAUCAAAGACUACCAAUACAUAUAAUAGACAAAAUUGGGAAGAUGCGGAAUUCCCAAUAUUGUGUCAGACGUGUUUGGGAGAUAAUCCAUACAUUCGUAUGACAAAGGAGAAAUAUGGAAAGGAAUGCAAGAUAUGUAUGCGACCAUUUACAGUAUUUAGAUGGUGUCCAGGAGCAAGAAUGAGAUUUAAGAAAACCGAAGUUUGUCAGACAUGCAGUCGAUUGAAGAAUGUUUGCCAAACGUGUUUAUUGGAUUUGGAAUAUGGUUUGCCUAUUCAAGUUCGCGAUGCUGCUUUAAAAAUUAAGGAUGAUUUACCACGUUCGGAUGUAAAUAAGGAAUACUAUGUACAAAACAUAGACAAUGAAAUUGGAAAAAUUGAUCCGACAACACCUGCCGGUGCUGUAGGCAAGUCUGCUGCGGCUAGUGAUCUGCUGAUGAAACUGGCUAGAACGAGUCCUUAUUAUAAGAGAAAUAGGCCACACAUUUGCUCGUUUUGGGUAAAGGGUGAAUGCAAGAGAGGCGAAGAAUGUCCUUAUCGACAUGAGAAACCAACAGAUCCUGAUGAUCCAUUGGCAGAUCAGAACAUAAAAGAUCGUUACUAUGGCGUAAACGAUCCAGUGGCAGAUAAAUUAAUGCGUAGAGCAGCAGCUAUGCCUAAGCUAGAUCCACCAGAGGAUAAAUCCAUCACAACGUUAUACAUUGGUAAUUUGGGUGACGUAUUAACGGAGAAACAGCUGCGCGAUCACUUCUACCAAUAUGGCGAGAUUCGUUCAGUGACUAUGGUGCCGCGUCAGCAAUGUGCCUUCAUCCAAUAUACGCAGAGAAGCGCUGCCGAAGCGGCAGCAGAAAGGACCUUUAAUAAACUGAUAUUGGGUGGAAGACGGCUCACUAUAAAAUGGGGCCGUUCACAGGGAAGACAGACGGUAUCGGCGGCAGAAGCAACGAGAGAGAUUCUUGAACCUGUCCCAGGAUUACCUGGCGCAUUACCACCACCACCACCAUCGGAAAGCAUGAGUAGCAACUUCUUCAAUCUACAAACUACUCCUGGUAUGAUGCCGCCGAUGAUGAUUCCACCACCACCAGUUGCUCCUCAAUUUAUGUUUCCACCGCAAAUAGCAACUGCUGCUGCUGCUGCUGCUGCUGCUGCUGCCGCUGCUGCCGCCGCUGCACCAAUUUUUCCUCCAGGAACUACUCCCAUUCAUUAUCCAAGUCAAGAUCCGUCCAGGAUGGGUGCGUCACAGGGUAUAGGCAAACCUUGGCCAGAAGAAUAAUAUCAUAAUGCUAUAUGUCAAUUUUUUAUCUAAUUAUAUAACGUUAUUUAAAGAAAAAUA